AUGGCUGGUACUGCCACUGCUAUAUCCUCCACAGAUGCUUUGACAUCCCCUCCAAAUCUCACCACGGCAUGGGACCUAGCUGUUCCGUUAGGAUCAGAGGCCGACACUAUAACGCCGAAACGUACGUCUAAUGAAUCCAGUUCUCUCUACAAUAAACCCAAUUAUCGUCACCGGACACCGAAUGGCAAUCCUCGUUCUCGCACCUCAUCGCAAACCGGCUCAAGGCGGGGAAGUAACGCACAUGACACUUAUGGACGUGAAAUUGGACCCAUGACUAAAGAAAUGGCGGACUCUUACAGUAAUGGCCAUGUUUGGAAGGGUGACCAGCCUGGUAAGGCAUCCGUGGACACCGACGGUCCACCGAACGACGACAACUGGAUCCACCGAGAUAAGUUGGCACGGAUAGAGAGCCAGGAGCUACAACAAGCGGCCAUGCGCAUUCAACGGCAGGUGCGUACGGGCAGUAAAUCAAGCAGCAUGCGUGGUCGUAGCCACGAUACACAGAGUCUGAACGGAACCGUUGCCACACCUCCAGAGCAGACAGAAUCCUGGCCUGGUUUACAGAGACAACAACUAGAAUCACCAAUACCAUUCGAAGACUCCGAUGAGCAAGAAAUCGAAAGCGAAAGGGUGAAUUGGGAUUUACGACGACCUGAGGAAAUUGCUGCGUCAUCUUUUGAAGGAAACGACGAUGCGUCAUCAAAAUUCUACAAAAGCCCGGCCCUGAAGAAGAGUUCUUCACGAAUCCCCGUUUUAGCUUCUAGCCCUCAUCAGGCCUCGGAUUCAAAUGAUCGUGAGUCCUCCAAUCAGCGCAUUCGCACUCGCACCGUAAGCAGUGGAGAUGAAGAUGGCGUAUCCCAUAUCCCGAGUCGCAGAGCCAGUGAAUCAGCAGUAAUUGACACCCCUGAAGCCUCUCCCGAGCCAGGCUAUAGUACGACGCCUCCACUAUCCACUAGCCGGCCCAACAGUCGCGGCGGGAUGCUUUCGCAAGUGCAGUCGUCUCCUACGAAGAAAGCGCCUACCAAAGGCACCUCUACCGCUCGAAAGUCGUCCGCUCCGCCCAAUAAUCGCAAACCCUCGGCCUCAGUCAAACCGAGAGCCACUUCUGGAAGUAGCACAAAAGACCGACCUGUUACGCGAUCUGGAGAUAAUCGUCCAUCGACAUCUGCAAACCGUCCUGAAGGUGAUCCACCUUGGUUGGCUACUAUGUACAAACCGGAUCCUCGUUUACCGCCCGAUCAACAAAUGCUACCAACGCAUGCAAAGAAAAUGCAACAAGAGCAAUGGGAGAAAGAGGGCAAGACCCCGACAGCCUAUGACCGUGAAUUCGCGCCAUUGGCUGUCCGUCCAGAUGAGCCAGUGUCAGUGCCUACUACAGAGAUGAAAAAUGAAGCUGCGACUACCGAUGGGGACAAUCUUGCAGCAGAUUCAGGAUCUCCGUGGCCUCUUCAACCUCCAAGGAGCCCUGAACCUACACGUCCGGGAACAAGCGGAACCAACUAUAGACGCCGCAUUAGUCCUUCUAUCAAAUCUAUUCAGCCCACCAUUUCAGCCCUUUUCUCCAGACUUUUCGGCAGCUUAGCCGCUCGCCCUAUAUCUCCCGGUACCAUGUCUGCUGCCAAGAUCAAGGCUCAGAGCAUCAUUGAUGAGAACAAAGUUGUCGUGUUUUCGAAGUCCUAUUGCCCGUACUGCAAGUCAACAAAGUCGCUUUUGACCGGUCUCGGUGCGCCUUACUACGUUCUUGAGUUGGAUCAAGUCGACGACGGCGCCGCUAUUCAAGACGCUCUCGAAGAAAUCACCAGCCAACGCUCCGUUCCCAACAUCUUCAUCAACAAGGAGCACAUUGGAGGAAAUUCCGACCUCCAGGCUCGCAAGAACGAGCUACCUCAGUUGCUGAAGGAUGCUGGUGCUUUGUAA